AUAACUCAAAAGUGUUUUCUUUCUUUUGCUGUACCUAAUUGUGAUCGAGUCACAGGUGUGAGGAUCGUUAAGCAUCCCCACCUGAACCAAUCAAAGAACCAAAAGCUUGCAGCCACUGCAUCAACCCAAGAUCAGGAGAUCUGUCAUCCAAGUCCAUGGAUAUUCAACCACAAAGGAGGCAACCAUUGGAGGCCAUUCAAGAGGAGUCGGAGCAGGAGGAUGAAGCUGAGAGCAGGAGAUCAUCUGAAAAGGAGUAUCAUCCACUUCAGGUAGCUGCACAGGCAGAAGAGGUACUGAAUGAAGAAAAUAAAGAGGAGGAGGAGGAGGAGGAGGAGGAGGAGGAUGAAGAAGAUGAUGAUGAUGAACCACUGCGAGUUCUGAGGUCCAGAAGCCGCUCAAGAUUAAGCAGAACAAGUUUGAUUCACACCCAGUCCAGAAAUGACGAAGUUCAAAAUGUUUCUGUGGCUGAUUUGAGCACAAAAGAUAUUGAUGUAAGCAGAACUUCACCACAGUCAGAUUCAAGAGAGUGCAUAAGUAGCAGGAGCUUCAGGUUAAAAGCCUCUGAGAUUAGUUGGGAAAAACUAUCAGAACAUACUCCAUCAGUGAAGAAAAAGAAGCAUAAGUUUAAGGAUGAGCUGUUUCCUCCGUGGGUCGUGAAUCUGAUGAUCAACAUUGAAGAGGCAACAUCUCAUCAACUGGUCGUUGAGUGAUGUUCAUCACCGUAGGCCUCCCCAGUGGAAUGUCAAACUAGCGGCAGACAUGAAUGCACAGUCAAUGGAUUGGUGGACAGAACAGUUAAUGCCCUCCCCAGGACUGGAAGAAAAUCAAGGAUCAAAACAGAAUGCAGCUGCUAUGAAGAUGACAUUACUUUUGGAGAAUCAAUGGUUUGCUUUGACUUUGUAAAUUAUAUGUAUAAAUUAGACCAAUCUUGUUGGUCAAUUAUUCUAUUGUGUAUGUACAAAGGGAAAUAUAUUUUCCCCUGACAAUUGUAACUUCAUUUUAAGGAAACAUUUUGGUUUUAUUAUUUAUAUAAAGAUAAGGAUAAAAAUGUAAUCAUUAGUUAAAUGAAUCAAAUUUGCUAAAUUAAAGUAUUGGGGGCAUCAAAAGUCUCAACUUAGUUUUUAACAUUAA